UUCGUUAACUUUAUAUGCACCAGUCUGGCCAUAACCUUCGCGCUGGCACCUUACAUCGCUAUUUAACUCAUAACAUAAUUAGCGAUUUUUUUUAUAGAAUGGUUUGCGGAUGUCUCGUUUCAUUUUUUCUAGUAGCCCUGGGAGGCUGGCUGGUUCGGAUAGUCGUUGGAGAUAAGAGAGAGCCCGUAUUUAAUGUGUACCAACUGCCAGGAAAGUUCUAUUAUUUAAAAUACUUUUCGAUGCUUCUCAUGUUACACAUGAGGAAGAUAAAAUCGGUAGCGUCGGUAAAAAACAAUGAAAACUCAAUUUUGAGUCUGGAUGAACCUCAACCACUGUCUUCUAAUGAACAUGCUGUCGAUGCUGUAUACUUCAAUGGGGCCAAUACAGAUACAACGUGGCUGGUUUGUGGUACUGCUCGACGGAAAAACAACCUUGUCAAUGGAUUCCUAUAUUUGAAAAUCGCUGACUUCAGUGAUCGUUUGCUAGUUUCACCAAGGCUUCCAGACACAUGCAUGUGGCAAACUGAGGACGAACUUGGGUGGUACGAAGCUGAAGGCUUGAGAUUGACUCCCGUUGUACCAAUGAAAAAAUGGAAAAUUGAGUACCAAGGCGUUAUGCGCUUUGAAAAUGACCCUUCGCAAGAAAUGCAGGUCAAACUGGAAGCGUUUUGGACAACCAAUCUCCCGUAUUACAAUUUUGCAACAGACAUGGAUCCCAAGACAGUGGCACGUGCUAUGGCCAAAGAGCUAUGGAGCAGAGAAUAUUUCCAAAACUUGAAAAAAUAUCACCAAACUCAUUACGAACAUUUUGGAACACUCGAAGGAACAGUUCACAUUGAUGAUCAUUCGUUUUCUCUAUCCGUAGAUUGCAUGCGAGAUCACAGUUUUGGGGAUCAAAGAAACUGGAAGAAUUUCCAUCGCUACAUCAUGCAUUUCGUACAUUUGGAAAAUGGAGAUCGCAUCACGGUUGGAGUAAUUUGUAUGCCAGUCACUUUUUCUUGGCUUGAAGUUGGGUUUAUAACAAAAUCGAAGGAAAAACGGAAUAUCCCUAUAACAUUUGUAGAUUUUGACCUAUAUCAGCAUGGAGAGCAGGGAAAUCCACCAACGGAUUAUGCAUUACAAUUCAGAACAGAUGAAAAUAUGUACACCAUGAAAGUUCGCGUAGUUUCAGGUCCAGAAUUCUACAUUGGCGAAGAAAGUGAAUGUAGAAUUGUAGAGCAGUUGUGUCGUUUUGAAGUCAACGGUUUGAAAGGUUGGGGCGCUGCUGAAUGGCAAUACAGGCACCACGGGGGACUUCCUAAACGGAGCUAAAUAAGAUGUCGUAAUGUAGAUUAUUACAGAUAGCCAUUUUUAUGCCACUAAUUUUAUGUAGGUGCUAGACAACACUAUGUUGAUUAAAUGUGUGAUGCGUUUAUAUCCAG